GUGUAUGACUAUUUAACAAUAUUUUCAUCAAAAUGACUCAUUCUAUCAUUACACAUAUUACAGUUCAACAUCAUACAUACAUUUGAAUAAAUAAAAUAAGAUGCUUUGUCAGUGAUAUUUAUAUCCUCAGCAACACGUGACGCGGGGCAGGCAGAGCAACUUUUUUUUCCUGUAAAAUGAAAGUGAAAGUUUCCCUUCAACUGUGAACAACUCGCUGUGCUCGAGCACUAUAAGGAGACAUUUCUACUAAUGAAGAGUCAUGAGUCUUAUCUUGAAGAUACUUAGUUACCUGUUUCUAUCUGCAGGUGUGCAGUGUGUCCAUCAGGUAUCAUGGCUGCCCUGUGAGUUCACUGAUGAACAUGUGUUUGUGAAUAAUGACGGUCACACUGAGACUCAGCUCGUCCCUCGACAGGCUAUGCUGCAGUUUGGUCAAACAGGAGACGCUCCUGUUAAUCCACAUGCCAUCACUUUCCUGAUCACCGGAUCUAAGGUGGACCUGCGGCGGUACAUAGAGGGAGCAGAAGCAGAGCAGUUGGAGUGUGAGCUGCGUAGGUACAGCACAGAGGGCAUCCAUGUCCGCUGGCCUGUCAUGGGGGCGCGGGACUAUAACCGCUGGUUCAGCUGCACCCUCAGACACACCAAAGGCCUGUUCACAGUCACCAGCUUCCUCAGACACCCCUCUGACCAGCCCCCUCCAGGUCAGCAGGACUACCGCAAAUGGCCUCCCAUCGGGGACAAAGAGAUACUCACCACAACAGUCGCCAUGGUAAUUAAAUCGCAGACUCCAUCAGUGAGAGCAGGCCUGGGCUCACAACAGAAGCUCCACUGCCAGUUUGCUGUUGACCACAAAGGACCAGACAUCACUGUGGAGUGGGACUGGCAACAUCGUGGAGAGAAGAGCAGACUCUUCAGUCAUACCAGCCGCACAGGACAGAACCAGGGGAGUGGCGUUGGGCUGAGGGGCCUGGCAGGCGGGGAUGCUUCCUAUACCCUCCCAUUCACCAAGAUGAGCAGUGAAGGGACGUACAGCUGUUCAGUGUCAGUGAACCCACUGUUCUUCAAGCUGGAUAUAAAUCUGCAAAUCGAAGAACCUCCUCGUGUCUCCCUCAACAUGGGAUCCACUCUGUCACUGCUGGAGGGCGAGGACCAGAGGGUUUCCUGUGAUGCGGAAGGUUACUACCCUCUGGAUGUGAAGAUAGAUUGGUACGUGCAGGACCCGGCAGCGUUGGGCCAGAGGGUGGGAGCCCCUCUUCCCAAGCUGCUGGAGAACGUUCUUCUGUCCAGCCACAAACACAACAAGGACAAGACCUACUCGCUGACGGCUUUCUUCUACCUCCGGGCUUCACUCAGGGACUCAGGGAAACAGUUCACAUGCAGCGUCUCCCACCAGUCCCUGAGAGUUCCCAUCAAAAAGAGCUUCAUCCUGACUGUAGAGGAGCCAACCAGCUGGACGUUUUACCUCAUUGGCUUCAUAGUGGUCCUACUGGUGAUCAUCUUGUUUAUGCUGCUGGGUUAUCUGCACUCAGAAAGAAAACGGUCAGUGCAGAAGAAGCCAUACUGAGCAGCCUUGGACAGAUUGAGCAGACCAGCUUUGUUUCUGUUUUAUUUUAAGAUGAAUUGGUGUUUCCAUGAAACUGUGUUAUUUAAGUUGCAUUGAUUUGCUUUGAUUUUGCUCAUGCUAGGAACUUUUUGGAUUUUGGAAUAGGUGAUUGGUCUUAGCUAAACCAACAUUAUUGAACUGGUGUAAACAGUUUAUAGGUUGUUAUGACAAUGUGCCAUGCGUAUGCAUUUUCACAUAACUUUCUGAACAUUUUCACAUAACUUUAUAUCAUUUUCAUGUGAAAAUGUUCAGAAAGUUAUGUGAAAAUGCAUAUGCAUGGCACAUUGUCAUAACAAGGUACUCGUAAACACAGUGGAGCGAUGCCUACUAUUUUCUAUGUGUUAUGUGUGAAUGGUGCUGUACAUGCAGGUGGUGGUAAAAAAGAGGCAAAGCUCCAACAUGGAAGGACAGCAAACAUGGAUGUAAUCUACGCAUGAUUUGAAGUAAAAUCAGCAUUGCUGAUGUUUAUGAGGAAGUAAUAAUUGUACGUUUAACAUAUUUGUGAGACCUCAACAACACUUCGGGUGAGAAACACUGGAUCUAGCUGCAGCUUUUCUUUAUAAUAAAGCUCAACAGGGUAUCCUGAAUGAAAUACAGCUGCGUCUGGUUUUAAAACCUCGAUUUUUUUAAAGUCUUAAGGAUCAGAAUCAGAAAUACUUUAUUGAUCCCUGGAAGGAAAUUUGGUUUUGAUACAGUUACUCCAAACAAGAAUAGAAUGAAAUAGAAAGUAUAUUUAUAUAUAUAAUAGAAAAUAUAUACAGUACUGUGCAAAAGCCUUAGGCAAGUGUGGAAAAAUGCUGUAAAAUAAGAAUGCUUUCAAAAAUAGAAAUGUUAAUAGUUUAUUUUAACCAAUUAACAAAAUGGUAAGCAAAGUUAACAGAAGAAAAAUCUAAAUAAAAUCAAAUCAAAUUUGAUGUGAGCACCCUUUGUCUACAAACCAGCAUCAAUUCUUCCAGGCAUUUUUUUUUACACCUGCACAAGACUUUUACACAGUACUGUAUAAAAAAUCAUAUAAAUGAAUUAAUUAUGUCCAACAGACAAAGGGCAUUUGUUUACAUAUGCUUAAGCAGAAGCAUAUGUAAGUGACAAACUUUCUUCCUCCUAAAUCGACUCAGAGCAUUUGUUUUCUUUAACUUUGAUCAAUCACAGACUACACUGAUCUAAUGUUGUUUUCUCUUAAACCCACACUCAACUUUGCUUACACAAAUAAAAGCUUCUUGUAAAA